CAUCUGUUAACUUAAGUUAUUUCCAUACUAUGCCUAUAAAAACUGCAAAACGGCAUUCUUGAAGAAGCAUCGUCUAAAUCAUGUUAAUACACAUAUAUUGUCGAUAUGCAGGCACUGUCGACGCAAAAUAAAGUACCAUCAAACAGGAUUUUACCACGGUAACUGGAUUCGGGUAUAAAGCAAUGGAAGACAUCUCUCGCUUUGUGUGCUGUGCACUAGAUCAUAUUGGCUACGAUCGAGAGAUAAUUGAAAUCAGAAGAAACUGCUGGCGCGAAUUAUCGAGAAUGGUCAACGAGACGAUAUCUCACAAUACCGGAAUACACCUGACCAUUGCUGGCAGUAAAGCUGAGGGAAUAACGUCUUAUCGGGAAAGUGAUAUAGAUUUUAUGUUUCUACUAAAUGACGUUAUAUGUACAGACAGCGUACAACCGUUUUUACAGUUGCCUGGUAUGACAAUUUUACAAACUGACAUGAGGAAUACCUCUCCUGGUUACACAAAAUUGAAAAUGGUCAGUUUCAAUAGGAAAAUAUCACACUCAGAUAUAGAAGAAUCGUUGUUUGCAGAAAACUCCGGAGAGAUCUUUGCAUCAAGUGCAUUGUUUUCUUCAUAUAUUUAUCUUCUGUGUCGUACAUUAAAUGAUUACAGAAUUGUUAACGAUGCUAGUAUAUCUGGUCCAGCUACGACUACGUCACACGCUAAUGCUAACGAUUCCGAUUUUGUAGGUGCUCUACACUGCAUUUGUCCAAAUGUAUUACAUUCAUUCCGAACACGACUCCGGAAAUUCGACUGGCCACCUCUUGAUAUCAUACAAGACGACUACUCCGCUUUUUGCCAGCUAGUGCCCGUAGGAUAUAAAGGCAGCUGUGACCAAUGGAAGGAAUGGAGAUUCUGUUUCAUUCAAACAGAAUUACGUCUGACGUGUAGUUUAAAUAACACACAAAUCAAAUUGUACAUAGUUUUGAAAAUGAUAUCUAAAACAAUUUUAAAAUGUGUCAGUGAUGAGAUAUCGUCUUACAUUAUGAAGAAUAUUACUUUCUGGAUGUCUGAACUGUUUGGUAGCCAUAUUUUUCGCGAAGAAAAUUUCAUAGCAUUAAUGCUGGUAGCUUUACGAUUACUUAAAGUUUCAAUCGAUAACAAAUGCCUUCCUUACUACAUGAUUCCUGGAAGAAAUCUCCUAGCCGAGAGACUGGAGCCUAAUACUAAGCACAGAUUGUCUGUUCUCAUUUCACAACUUCUUGAUGAGGGUCCUCGACUUUUGCUGCGGUGCCCAAAGCUACGAGCAGGAAUGACAUUAUUGUAUAGAUCCCCAGAUGGAUUAGACAAUCGUAGAAACCAGAUGAAAACAGAAAUUUUUAUUUUUCAGAGAUCUAUUUCAUUUGUGAGGGAGAUAUUGAACUGUGUAACGGUAGGCUUGAUAUAAUAUUUCCUCUGGUAGCAAACAUACUAAACAAGCGUAAUAUGCGAGGAGGAUGAGCAAUGCUGUUAAGGUAGCGGACCCGCAGUGGAGGAUGAACAAUGAUGUUAAGGUAGUGGACCCGCAAUGACAAUCGGCUAACUAAACACACUCCACUCUCGAAGUCAGCACCUUCUGGUUUUAACAAAAAUGCACCUGAGCAUUAAGCCACUAAUACAUCCGAAUAAUGCCGAGGCGCCCAAGGAGAGCACGCAAUCACUCGGAUAUUACCAAGUAUGAUUACGGGUCCAUCACCCCAAAAAUUAUAAUAAACUAAAACUAGACAUUAUAUGUUUACAAAAGACUGCCAUUUUAAGUGAAGUUGCUCUAUCUUCACAAUUCAUAAGUUCAGAAAAGUCCAUAGCAUUAGGAUGUUUAAUGUAAUAGUCGUCUAGAUAUUUUUUUCUAGCAUUUUUAAAGUAAGUGCAAUUGAAGAUAUAAUGGAAUUCAUCACCUAACAAGUUAUUGUUACCUAGUUGACAGAUUAUUUCUUCCUCAUUUUAUGUUUGACAAAUAAAUACUGGCAACACUCAGCACCGGCAACACGCGCGUUUUUUCAACUAAAGAUCUAGUGUUUUCAGUUAAUACCAACAGCCAGUUUGUUUAAGAGACAUGAUUUGAAUAAACUUUGUAGAAGACCACUACGAAAUGCUACAAGUUAAGUAACUAAGCUCAAGCAUUACGAUUUUAGACAAGAUUUUUAAAGUUCUUUGUAUUUUAAAGAAAUUUAUAUUCACUUGGUCAUAUAUGAUAUUUAUAGAACUAAGGAUUCCUACGAAAGAGCAAUUUUGUUGUCUACCAUAAAUAAAUUCCUACCUCUUAGAGACGGACGGUCUGGUGUAAAAAUCUCAUGGAUUUCAACUUAUAUUCCUGUAUGUAUAUACAUAUAUAAAACAUUCGUAUUUUAUAAUGUGUAUUGUUUUACUCAUGAUGUAUGUGUAAGAGACAUAAAUAAACUAUUUGAAUUGAA